AAUUACUCGAAAUGGUCUCUAAGUGAAUAUGAUUUUGCAUGUGUAUCCGUGUUCAUUAUCAUUGAAAAAGAAUCAUCCGUCGACAAAACACGAAUAGAUACCCAUCCAUCCUUUAAACCAGCAUAAACAGACUUUAUAUCUAUCUGAUCACGACGUGCCGUUGCACUAGAAACCAGUACAAGCGAUAUUCCCACCGGAACAUUAUCGGGAUAAUACCAAUCAGGACAUCAACUUUUCUACUAAAGUCAAACAUCAGUGUUUCUUUAUUGAAGCUGAUGGCAGUUUUUGAUCAGGAUAGCCUCAAUGCAAUUGGAUACUAUUUCACUAAGGGUACCUCUUCGUUUGGUAAACGCCACACCAAGUCGCACACUUUGUGCCGUCGCUGUGGCCGUCGCUCAUUCCACAACCAGAAGAAGACUUGCGCUCAGUGCGGCUACCCUGCUGCUAAGCUCCGCUCUUACAACUGGAGCGUGAAGGGCAAGCGCAGAAAGACCACCGGUACUGGCCGCAUGCGUUACUUGGCUGAUGUCAGCCGUCGUUUCAAGAACGGUUUCCGCUAA